AUGCGCUUCAGCAAGCCUCUGGGCCCCAGGGUCAUGCUACGCGGCGCUGGCGCGACGAAGGCCGCCACAGCCGGACUGGCAAUGGCGGGCACCGCCGGCAUCGGCGCCGCGCGAGGCGGCGUGCGGCUGCCGCCGCAGCACGUGCGGGUGGAGCGCUGCGGCCCCGACCUGCUGCACGACCUUCACGCGGGCCUGUCCGGCAGCCUGCUGAGUGCCAUCCCCACCGGGCUCCUCUACUGGUGGACGUUUGAGGUCUGCUCCAACCAGCUGCACCUGCGCCUGGGCCGCCCCGAGCCCGGCGCGCCGGCCGCGCGCGCGGCCCACCUGCUCUCGUCGGCCGCCGCAGCGGCCGUGAGCAGCGUCGCGCGCGUGCCCACCGACCUGAUGCGGCAGCGCGUGCAGGCGGGGCUCGAGCCCAGCCUGGUCGCUGCCGCGCGGUCGGCGUGGCGGCGGGGCAACGGGCCCAGGGGCCUGUACGGCGGCUGGGCGGCGACGCUGAUCCGGGACAUUCCAGAAAUGAUGCUCUCGUUCACGCUGUUCGAGCUGGGCCGCCAGCAGUGGCUGGGCCGCGCCGGCAGCGGGGGCAGCCCCAGGCAGCGGGGCGGCCGCGAUGGCGGUGGCGAGACGGACGCGUGGCGCCACAUGGCGCUCGGCGGGGGCUGCGGCGCGGUGUCGGCUGCGCUGACUGUGCCGCUGGACAACAUAAAGGCGCGCGUGCAGUGCGGCCUGGGCAGCAACGCGAGCGGGUUUGCAGGAGUGCGGCAGGCGGCGGAGGCGAUCAUUCUGGAGAGGGGUCAGGCGGGCCUCAUGGCCGGCCUGGGGCCGCGCGUCGUGCAGGCCGCCCUCUUCAGCGCGCUGUUCUUCACUGCGUUUGAGGGCCUCAAGGCCCACCUCGGGCGGGCCGACGCGGCGGCGCACGGCGGCGCGCGGCAGGCGCACAUCAGCCCCCGUGUCCACGGCAGCCCGCGCGCGCACGGCAGCCCCCGCGCUCACGGCAGCCCUCGCUCAGCCAUCGCCGCCGCGUCCGUCGGCGACGCUUACAACGCCGGCGCAGAGCAUGCCGGCGCCCUGUUUGCGUGCCUCCUGUCUGGUCCCGGCAGCCCCCUGGCCCCACAGACCCCUCGGACGCCGCGCACGCCGCACGACACGCCACAGACGCCGCAAGAGACACCCCGCACGCUGCACGAGGUGCAGCUGCCCCGCUCGCCGCACGACUGGUGA